AAUAGACUAAACACCUUAUCAAUUCAAAGGGAAAGACAUAUGAAAGUGGCAAUGGAUUCCUUGCUGCCUGGAGUUGAAGAGGACUCCAGUCUGAUAAUCAGGGGAGGAAACAAUGAGGAAGAACUGAAUAUGGAGAGAAAGGAGGGAGCAUAACCGGUGACUUGACGAUCCGGUUUAUUACUAUUAUUUUUUAAUCUUUAUAUCAAUGUCCAAGAUUUGCCAGAAACGCAUGAUGCUUGUCUACAGCACCAGAAGAUCCCACCUUUUAAGUCCAUAGAAGCUCAAAGCUCCACCGUUGCGCAGCAAAAUAGGAAACUUGAGUCCAUGUCAGACAGCUGCAAUUCUCGCCACUUCUCGUGGCUAAUGAAAUCUUGCUUCCCCAACCCACAAGACACCAACAAAUCUCUCUCUCCAAAUCCCAUUCAAUCCAUCACUAUCUCCCCUUCCUCCUCCACCACCCUCUGUUCUCUCCCUGAUGACCUUCUCUUAGAAUGCCUCUCCAGGGUCCCCUCUGCCUCCCUUCCUUCUCUCUCCCUUGUCUGCCGCCGGUGGUCCUACCUCCUUCGUUCCCCAUCUUUCCUAUCCCUUCGCCGCCUUCAUAACCUCCUCCACCCUACUGUCUUCGCCUUCUCUGCGUCCGAUUCUGGCGUCUUUGCUGCCUCUCUUCGCUUCCAAGAUGAUCAAAUCAACAUCCAUGGACUGGGGAAGGUUGCUUCGUGUCUUCCAUUUCAAAUUGCUUCACUGGAUAAUAUUUCUCAUUCCCGAUUGUCUGCAAUUGGACCCAGAAUCUACAUUAUUGGGCGGAAUGGAUUGCUUUGUUAUGAUACUUGGAGCGGCACUGUUUCUCUCAGGUCUCCUAUGAUUUUUUCCAGGAAGAAAUUCGCCAGCGCCGUAGUCUCUGGCAAAAUCUACGUAGCCGGAGGUGGAUCACGGGUGGCAACGGCGGUUGAGGAGUAUGACCCAGAAAGCGAUACAUGGACAGUGGUGGCACACGCUCCCAGGAGAAGAUUUGGAUGCAUUGGGGCAGCCGUUGAUGGUGUCUUCUAUGUAAUUGGAGGAUUGAAAAUUGGUGGAGUGACCGGAAAUGAAUUCUCACGCUUGGCCACGGCGGGGGCAGAAGCUCAUGUGUAUGCCAGCACAAUGGACUUGUACGAUGUGGAGGCAGGUGUGUGGCUUAGGAGCCGAGCGGUUCCCGGUGGCGGGUGUGUGGUGGCAGCAUGUGCAGCAGCAGGGCAUGUUUACAUUUUAGCUAGCCACGCAGUGGAGCUAUCAUUUUGGCGAUUUGACGCUCGUAGACAAACCACCGGCGGCGGUGGAUUCGGGGAGUGGUGUAGGAUGAAGAGCCCUCCACUGCCAGCUCAAGUUAGACUAGACAGUAUAGUGAGGUUCAGCUGCGUAGGAGUGGAAGACAAGGUGGUGCUGAUUCAAGUUAAUGGUUGCAUUGACGAUUUGUUGAGGAGGAGCGGAAGAAAUAUCAGAGGAUUAAGGGAAGGAUUGAUAUUGGUUUACGAUUCUAGCCGUGGAGAGUGGAGUAGGGGCCCGGAUCUGCCGGAAGUGAUUAGACGCGCCGCCUGUGUGACUGUGGAAUGCUGAGGGGGCGUAAUUUUGACUAAAUUGAGCCGAGAAAGCGGUGCAUGUUAGGGAAAGCUUGCAUUAUGGAGGCUAACUUGCGCAAAUAGAUGUCGUUUUGGUAGCAGACAACAAUGAUCAAUGUAACAUGUGUUUGAUUGCCAUUUACGAUAAAGAUAAAGCGAAGCCUCGGGGCACAUAUGGUCUGAUUUUUUUUUUUUUUUUUAAAUUAAAAAUGGUGUUGAUUGGUGUAUUUUAUUUUUUAAUUAUAUUUAUAAUAAUAAGAAAAGGAAAAGGGUCGGUGGGAAUCAUAGAUUUGUCCAAUUGGAUGGAGAGGUUGACCUCAUGCUCAUGUGCUCCUAUAAUUAGAGUCUUUAUUCACAUAUUAUAAUUAUGAGACGUUGGAUUCCUUUUUUGUUUUAAUUUGAAUUUAUAUGACUUUCUUUC